AAGCUAAGCCCAACGAAUGAAGAGAAAAAAUAAUAAUGGCAGCUCCCACCUCCAUGGCGAACGCGGAUGGCGAGAGCACGCGCACCGGCUACUGCGCCGCGACCAAGUCGUUCCGCAGCCUCCGGCCGCCGGUGCCGCUGCCUCCGCCGGACGUCCCGCUCUCCUUCCCGGAGUUCGCGUUCUCGCUGCUGCCGCGGUCGUCGUCGUCGUCGUCGUCGUCUCUUCUCCCGGCGAACCCGGCGCUCGUCGACGCGGCCACUGGCGAGGCCGUCUCGUUCCAGGCGUUCCUGUCGCGGGUGCGCGCGCUCGCCGGAGCCCUCCGCUCGCGCGUCGGGCUGCGCGGCGGCGACGUCGCGUUCGUGCUCGCGCCCGCAGGGCUCGACGUGCCCGUGCUGUACUUCGCGCUCCUCUCCAUCGGCGCCGUCGUGUCCCCCGCCAACCCGGCCCUCACCCCCGCCGAGGUUUCCCGCCUCGUCUCCCUCUCCGGCGCAUCCGUCGCCUUCGCCGUCUCGUCCACAGCCACCAAGCUCCCCGCUGGCCUCACCACCGUCGUCCUCCUCGACUCGCCACACUUCCGCUCCCUCUUGAUGGAUUGCGGCCAAGCCCAAGGACAGGAGCCGCUGCCGGUGGUGGUGGUGCGGCAGUCGGAGACGGCGGCGAUCCAGUACUCCUCGGGGACGACGGGGCGGGUGAAGGCGGCGGCGCUGCCUCACCGGAGCUUCAUCGCCAUGGUGGCAGGGUUCCACGCGCUGCGGGCCAAGGCUCGGGAGGUCAGGACGCUGCUCGGUGCCCCGAUGUUCCACUCCAUGGGGUUCUUGUUCGUGCUGCAGGGCGUCGCGCUGGGGGCGACGACGGUGGUGGUGACGGACGCGGUGGCGCGGGCCGGGAUACGGGGGCUCGUGGAGGCGGCGGAGCGUUGGGCGGUCAUGGACAUGACGGCCUCGCCGCCGGUGGUGCUGGGGAUGACCAAGCAGAGGUGCCGGCUGCCGGCGCUGGAGCGGAUAACCUGCGGCGGCGCCCCGCUGCCGGCGCCGGCGAUCGAACGGUUCCGCCGGCGAUUCCCCCACGUCGAUUUGUGCAUGGGUUAUGGAUCAACCGAGGCAGGUGGCAUAUCAAGGAUGAUCAGCCAGGAAGAGUGCAACCACAUAGGCUCUGCUGGCCGUGUCACUGAGAAUGUCGAGGUAAAGAUUGUUGACCAUGUAACAGGCAAGCCAUUGCCUGCCGGGCAGCAAGGGGAGCUUUGGGUGAGAGGGCCUGCCGUCAUGACAGGUUACGUGGGUGACAACGAGGCCAAUGCAACCACCUUUAAUUCUGAAGGAUGGCUGAAAACUGGUGACCUUUGCUAUAUUGAUCAGGACGGGUUUCUUUUUGUAGUUGACAGGCUAAAGGAACUGAUUAAAUACAAGGCCUACCAGGUACCACCUGCAGAGCUGGAGCUUGUCCUGCAUUCUUUGCCACAAAUUGUUGAUGCUGCAGUUAUGCCGUAUCCUCACGAAGAAGCAGGGCAGAUACCAGUAGCACUUGUCGUAAAGCAACCAGGAAGCAAGCUUACUGAAGCAGAAGUCAUGUACAAUGUCGCCAAGCAGGUAGCUCCAUACAAGAAGAUCCGGAAAGUGCUGUUUGUUGACUCCAUACCCAAAUCGCCAUCUGGGAAGAUCUUGAGAAGGGAAUUGGUAAAUCAUCUGCGGUUGUGUGAAUUGUCGAGAUUGUGACUGUGCGAGUGUUGUACCCUAUAGUUCAAUUCUUGUGUCAAAAAGGAAAAAGUAAAAAAGAAAAUGUGCUGCAAUUGUACCGGAAGAAGAAUAUUGGAUAAACGGAAGGCUCAUAACAUAUGUUUAUGAGGGGCUGCACUAUACUGUCGAACAUGAUGCUGGUGUACAAAGAAAAGUAAGUUUGUUGAGAUUGUUUAGUGGGAUUAGCUACUUGUAUAAGAAGCAAUAAACAAGUCUGUCUCAGUUUCUCUCC